ACCCCGGAGACGGAAAGACCACCUUAGAGAAUGUAAGGAUCUUUGGAAAGAGACGAGGAUAUACACAGAGAAAAAAUAUCGAAAGAACACCGAGCAAACCACUAAGAACGAGAACACUAAGAGGCAGAACGAGGGGGCAAAACGAGACCACACUCUUCACAGACGGAUCGACAAAGCGAAAUGGAUGGGAAAACAGCCAAGCAGGAAUUGGCUGCUGGCAUAAAGAAGGGAGUGACAAAAACAUCGCAAUGAAACUCACCGGUAACACCCAAACAAACCAGAGAGCAGAGCUUGCGGCAAUACUGGCAGCCCUCCAACGAAACCGUAACACCCCAUUGAUAAUAAAAUCAGACUCGCUAACCAGUGUAAAAGCAAUAUGCUAUAAACUAAAUGAGUGGGAGGACACAGGCUGGCACAAAGUAAAGAACGUAGAUAUACUAAUGAACAUACUGGACGAACUAAGAACAAGGCCCACGCCUUGCUCGUUCCAGUGGGUGAAGGCACACGCCGACAACGAAGACAACAACCGAGCAGAUGGCCUGGCAAAUGAAGGCAGGAUAAGCGAAACCAUUUUCGAAAUCCCAGAAAUGGGCCCAGAAACAAGCAGAGCCAUACACGAUGGGGCAAGACUAUGCAAACUGACGAUGAAAACCGCAUACGAAGAAAUGAUAGCGAGAAAGAUCCUAAAAAAAGAAAAGAUAAGACAUCCGGAAUAUCUAGAAGAUGCAAAAGAACUCAUUGAGAAAGAGACCGGCCUAAGACCACCCACAGAAUCAAUGAUAAAGGGAAUAUGGAAGUCCCCGCCCCAGAGUUCUCUAAGUCUUUUCUUCGCUUUCUCUUGUCGUUUUUGCGAGGUUUCGAACUUAAGUGCGUCCCAUGAUUUUGUGACAUGUUCACAGAGAGAGCUUCGUAGGUAUUUUUCGGGUUCUGAUUUCGGUAUCUGUUGGUCUUUUAUCGCUCUGUUGUUUCUCGCUUUCCAAAUCGCCCAUACUGACAUCGUCACUAGUAUUCUUGCCCUUUCCGC